AUGGAGGCGCACGAGGCUGAUGUCCGCCGCAUAGCGGACGAGGUGAAAGGGUUCCACACCCGCGGCGAGCCCUUCCGCAUCUUUCACGGCUCAACCAACUCAACGCGUCCUCCUCACGGCCAGUCCACCGUGGACAUCAGCGCCCUCUCGCGCGUCCUGCACAUCGACCUCGAAGCCCGGACUGCCAUAGUCGAACCCAGUGUCCCUAUGGACCGCCUCGUCGACGCUACUUUACCCUUGGGUCUCGUGCCACCGGUCGUCAUGGAGUUCCCCGGCAUCACCGUCGGGGGCGGGUUCGCCGGGUCGGCGGGCGAGAGUUCCUCAUUUCGCCACGGAGGCUUUCACAGUAUCAUUACCUCCAUCGAAAUGGUCCUGGCCACUGGGGAAGUGGUCACGGCUUCUUCUGAGGAACGGCCUGACCUCUUCCGAGCCGCGUCCGGCGCUCUCGGGACCCUUGGUAUCGUCACCAAGCUGGAGAUGCGCCUCAUCCCGGCCGGGAAAUACGUCGAGCUCGUCUACCACUCGUAUUCCUCUGCGAAAGAGGGCAUCUCCGCUUUGCAGCGUGAGACGAAGGACCCGGACAACGAUUUCGUAGAGGGCAUCGUCUUCUCGCGCACUUGCACCGUCGUCAUCACCGGUCGCAUGACUGACGACCUAGCAUCCAAGGACUCCCCCUCCCGUCGCCCUCAGACUUUCACACGUCCCAACGACCCGUGGUAUUAUCUGCACGUCCGCAACCGCGUAUCUUCACCAUCCCCUCCCUCCUUGUCGUCCCCCUCCCCCAGGACGGACCUCGUCCCCCUCCGGGACUACCUCUUCCGAUACGACCGCGGCGGCUUCUGGAUGGGCGAAGUCGCCUUCGGCUACGCCCGCGUGGUCCCAUUCAACCGCCUAACCCGCCGCCUCCUCAACCGCAUCAUGAACACCCGCGCCCUCUUCCGCGCCGGCCUGGGCGGCGGAAGCCGCAUGACCUUCCGCUACCUCGUCCACGACCUGUCCCUGCCCUACGCCACAGUCGGCAACUUCAUCGACUACGUUGCCGACACCCUCGACAUCUGGCCUCUGUGGCUCUGUCCCCUACCUCCCAUCCAGCAGCCCACCUUCCACCCGUCCUCGACUACCACCACCACCGCCACCGCCGACGAGGAUCAACAGCAAUCACAGCAGCCACCCCAACUGGGUCAUCGUGGCCGUGACGCCGCUGCUGACCCGGUACCCACGCUCAAUGUCGGCGUCUGGGGCGAGGCCAAAGGCUCCGACGACUUGGAAAGCUUCGUCCGCGUGAACCGCGAUCUGGAGACGACACUCCGCCAGCUCGGCGGCCGCAAGGUCCUUUACUCCCAUGCCUACUACACCGAGGACGAGUUCUGGAGCAUCUACGACAGGGAAUGGUACGACGGCCUCAGAGAGAAGUACCGCGCCUCCACGCUUCCCACCGUUUACGACAAGGUCAAGGUUGACGUCGACCGGGAGCGCCGUCGGAGAGGCAUCCUCGACAGAUUGGCCGUGUCGUGGCCUUUAGCUGGCCUCAUUGGCGUCGCUUCUGCUUUGCGCUCGUAG